AUGGAAAAGUGGAGGAUUUUUUCGUUUCAGAAGGAGUUCAAACGCAGGUGUCGGCUAAAUAGCAGUCUUGGUCCUAUUGAAACUACCGGUGAAGAUCCGAAUAUAAAAGAUACGGUUAAAAACAUUCAGAGUUGGGAGGAUCGUGACAAUUCUAGUUGCAGUAAUGUUGAUCAUUUAUUCGGCGUUAAAGACAAUGAGAAUUUCAUCUCCGAUAACACUUUUGUAGUUUUUGAUAUUGAAAAUCAUAUUUUUGAGAUUGACAACGAUCAUUCUUUUUUGAAUGAACCUUUUUCUAGUUAUAGUGAUCGGAAUUCUAGCUAUCUGACUAAUGUAUUUACGAGUGAAGAUCCCUACUAUAAUCGUUAUAUGUAUGAUGCUCAAUAUAGUUGGAAUAAUCAUAUUAAUGGUUGCAUUGACAGUUAUCUUCAGUCGCAAAUCUGUAUAGAUACUACCACUGUAAGUGGUAGUGAUAAUGACAGUUACGACAUUCAUGGGUCCGUAUGUGAUGGUGAAAGCCGCAAUAGUAGCGAAGGCGAGAGUUCCAGUAGACGAACUCAUACGAAGGGUGUUGAUUUAACUAUAAGAGAAAGUUCUAAUGAGAAUGAAAGCGAAAGUUCUAAUGAGAAUGAAAGCGAAAGUUCUAAUGAUCUCGAUCGAACUAAAAAAUAUAAGGAUUUGUGGGUUCAAUGCGAAAAGUGUUAUGGAUUAAAUUAUAAGAAAUUUUUGAAAUCAAAAAUGCAUAUUUGUGAACAAUGUGGAUAUCAUUUGAAAAUGAGUAGUUCAGAUAGAAUUGAACUUUUGAUCGAUCCGGGUACGUGGGAGCCUAUGGAUGAAUACAUGGUUUCUCGGGAUCCCAUUGAAUUUGAUUCGGAGGGGGAGGAGGAGGAGACUUAUAAAGAUCGUAUUGAUUUUUAUCAAAGAAAAACAGGAUUAACUGAAGCUGUUCAAACAGGCAUAGGCCAACUAAACGGUAUUCCCGUAGCAAUUGGGGUUAUGGAUUUUCAUUUUUUGGGGGGUAGUAUGGGAUCCGUAGUCGGGGAGAAAAUCACCCGUUUGAUUGAGCACGCUACCAACAAAUUUUUACCUCUUAUUAUAGUGUGUGCUUCGGGGGGUGCGCGCAUGCAAGAAGGAAGUUUGAGCUUGAUGCAAAUGGCUAAAAUAUCGUCUGCUUUAUAUGAGUAUCAAUUAAAUAAAAGGUUAUUUUAUGUAUCAAUCCUUACAUCUCCUACAACUGGUGGAGUAACAGCCAGUUUUGGUAUGUUAGGGGAUAUUAUCAUUGUCGAACCCAAUGCUUACGUUGCAUUUGCGGGUAAAAGAGUCAUUGAACAAACAUUGAAUCAAACAGUACCUGAAGGUUCACAAGAGGCUGAAUAUUUAUUCGAGAAGGGUUUAUUUGACUUAAUUCUACCACGUCAUCGUUUAAAAAGCGUUCUGGGUGAGUUAUUUGAGCUCCACGCCCUUUUUCCUUUGAAUCAAAAUUCAAAUCAAGUAGAGCGUUAA